AUGGCUGCUUGGAAGUCCAUCAGCCAUGCGGUGCAGCACGAGAUUGCCAAGCGCGAAGGCUCCCGUUUUAUCUCAGCAGCCUGGCCGUUGUCAGGACGUGGCGAUGCAGCUUCGAAGGUGACCAGACAAGUCAUUGAGACUCAUCGUCAUAGGUUCCCAGCUGCUGGUCACCACUGUUACGCCUACAGAACGAUGAACGGACGCGAGAUGUGCUCGGACGACGGAGAGCCACACGGCACGGCUGGACGGCCUAUUCUGGUCGCAUUGCAGCGAGCUGAGCUUGUGGACGUCUGUGUAGUGGUCACGAGGAUCUUUGGCGGCGUCAAGCUAGGAUCUGGUGGUCUCAUUCGAGCGUAUGGAGCUGCUGCGCAAGAGGUGAUAAAACAGGCCAAGAUUGUUGAAAAGAUGCCAAUGCAGUUGCUACACGUUCGGGCGGUCUUCGCAUUUGUGGCUAUGGUCAAGCGAACGUGUGUUGAUUUCGAAGCUGAGCUUGUGUCGCAAGAGUACGCUGAAGUCGCAGCGUUCACGGUUUGUAUCCCUGUCCACAAAAGUAGCGAGUUUAUUCGAGUCAUUCGGACGAAGUCUGCAGGACGCGUAGAAGUAAAGGAGUUGUAA